UAGGAAACAUGAGUACCACAAAUGGAAGCGACAGUGUUAUGAAAGAGCAGGACUUCCUGCAGAAUUUAUGCAGUUAUACAACUUCGGUACAUGCAAUGUGCUGAGAAGGAGACUGUGUAUGCGUAGGAUUUUUUUUUUUUUUUUUUUUGAUGCUGUUGAAAUACUCGCAUACGAGACAGUGAGAAGUCAGAAUGGCAAAGAGAAAAGGGUCGAUAGGUGCCUGUGCAGUAACAGAAACUAAGAAAGCAAAGCAAGCGACAAAGGGGACGACACAGAGGAGACCGAAAACACCUGGCAAUAAAAAACUAAUGGAAGGUGCCUGUGGUGACAGUCCAGUCUCUGCAAUGAAUUCUUCUACGGCUGCAAGAGGAAAGAAAAAGAAGCCAGACUUCAAAGUUCCAGCAACAGCAGAUGGGGCUGCAAAACAGAAGAGCAUCAAGCAUGAACAGAAGGAGGAGCCAACUGAAAUUAAAAUAGAGGACCAUGACAACAAGGACAUUAUGAGCACCUUGAAGGACAGGCUGGCCGGCAGGGUGAAGAAGGAGAGCUCAGAGGAGGAGGAGGGCAGUGAUGAGGACGAGUGGGAGGAUGUGGAAGAACUCAAUGAACCGGUAUCGUUCGGGUCAGCCACCUCCAGCCUUCCUGAGCCUGUCCUCCCCAGUCAGCCAGUCGAGAUAGAAAUUGAAACACCACAGCAAGCCAAGAAGAGACAGAGGAGGGAGAAGAGGAAAGCUGAAUUUGAGACCUACCUACGAAGGAUGAUGAACCGUUUCAACAAGGAUGUGCUUGUAGACACCCAUAAGGUGCACCUGCUCUGCUUGUUAGCCAACGGUUUCUUUCGGAACAGGAUGUGCAAUGAACCAGAUCUCCAAGCUAUAGCCCUGUCUAUAAUACCAGAGCAGUUCACCAAAGUUACCCCAGAGCACGCAGAUGUCAUGUUCCUCUCAAAUCUCAUCAAGUGGUUUAUGUCAGCCUUUGUCCUGAACCCAGAGUUAUCGUAUAACGAGGACGAGAGCCGGAUGUCAGCUCUGGAGAGGAGGUUUGGGAUGUUCGCUGCCAGAGACCAUGAAGAAAUGACACACCUUUUCUUAGUAAUUCUCAGGGCUUUACAAUUACUUUGCCGUCUGGUGCUGUCUCUUCAACCCAUUUCUCUGAAAGGACCCCCCACUAAGAGCAAGUCAAGAACUUCCAACUGUGCUUCUCAGGACAGUCCUGGUUCUUCCCGGAAGACCAAGCAAGCCAAAAAAAAAUGUCCAGUUCAGAAGAAAGGCAGUGCGAAGGGGGUUGAGGAAACCUUAUCUGAUCCGGAAAGUGAUUUUGCCCCGGAAAAGGGCCAAAGAGCCAAGAGAGCAGCCAGUGGGCAGGGCAGGUCUGGCAAGGGGGCAAAGAAACGCAAGUCUUCAGAGGAGGCGAGCAGUGAUGGCAACAACCAAGACAGAGCAGCGAAGGAAGGAGCGCAGAGACCCAAGAAUGCCCGGCGCAGGACAGUGGCCUCCAAAGUCUGUUACAAAGAGGAGAGUGGGAAUGAAGACAGCAGUGACUCAGAGUUUGAGCUUUCUUCUGACACAGAUAGCGAUUUCUCAGAAGAAGGAGGAAAACACAGCACACCUAAGGGCAAAGGGCAGAAGUCUGGGCCUCAAACAAAAAAGCCUUUUAAGAGAGAAAAAGAGACUGGCAAACCACCAAAGGGCAAGAGAGACCCGCAAAAGACAGCUGAGGUGCUAAGUGAUGAUGACGGAGACGUGAAAGUAGUUGGCGAGGUGUCUUCCAGGGGUACGGACCAGUGGCUGGAGGUCUACCUCAGUCGAGUAGGAAAAUGGGUUUGCGUGGAUUGCGUGCGACCUACGGUAAACCAGCCGCAACAGUGCUGUAAAUCUGCCACCAAACCGAUUGCCUACAUUGUGGGCAUUGAUGACGAUGGCUUCGUCAAGGAUAUUACAAGGCGCUACGAUCCGGCGUGGAUGACGUCCACCAGGAAACACAGAGUAGAUGCUGAGUGGUGGGAGGAGACAGUGGAGUGCUAUCGGAGUCCUGUCACUGAGAGGGAGAAGAAGGAAGACCUGGAGCUUCAUGCCCAACUCCUAGACCAGCCAAUGCCAACUUCCAUUUCUGAGUACAAGAACCACCCACUGUAUGUGCUGAGUAGGCAUCUCCUGAAAUACGAAGCCCUCUACCCACCAACUGCCGCCACCCUGGGCUACUGCAGAGGAGAGCCUGUCUAUUCCAGGGACUGUGUGCACACUCUGCAUUCUCGGGACACGUGGCUGAAAGAGGCCAGGGUAGUGAGACUGGGAGAGGUGCCAUACAAGAUGGUGAAAGGGUUUUCGAAUCGUUCCCGCAAGGCCCGUCUGCUGGAUACGGAGAGCCGUGAUAAAGACGACCUGCCGCUAUUCGGAUCCUGGCAGACAGAGGAGUACCAGCCCCCCGUGGCAGUGGAUGGGAAGGUUCCCCGGAACGAGUAUGGGAAUGUGUAUCUCUUCAAGCCCUGCAUGUUGCCCAUCGGCUGUGUUCGAAUGCAAGUCUCCAACCUCCACAAAGUGGCUCGCAAGCUGGGUAUUGACUGUGCCCCGGCGGUGACUGGCUUUGAUUUCCACUGUGGAUUCUCACACCCUGUUAUUGAAGGCUAUGUAGUGUGUGAGGAGUACAAAGAGGUUCUACUGGCCGCAUGGGAGAAUGAGCAAGCAGAGAUGGAGAGGAAAGAAAAAGAGAAACGUGAGAAGCGAGUCCUAGCAAACUGGAAGCUGCUGGUAAAGGGAUUGCUGAUAAAAGAACGGUUGAAGCAGCGAUAUGGAAAUCAGAGUGAAGCCAACGUCCCCACAGGCACGGCAGAAGGGGGAGGGUUCUCCUCUGACGAGGAGGGUCCCAGCUCUCAGUCCACUGUCCCUGACCUGGCCUGUUCCUGGCCCCGGAACAGACAGGCCCCAGAAGAAGAGGGAAGAAUUGUGAGAAAAAGCAAACGUGAGAAGAGGGGUGAACAAAAGAAUCUGUUUCCUUUUGAGAAGAAAUAAAAAAUAAAAAAAGACCAACAAAAAUGUUACCCCAACAUUUUAUGAUGGGGGCUGAAUACUUUUUCAAAACACUAUAUAUAUAUAUAUAUAUAUAUAUAUAUAUAUAUAUAU